AACUCGAAGCCGCGUGGUCCGCACUCAAGGGCAUCCGGACCGGCGCGCGAGACCCAGGCAAUUCGACAACGUACCGCUCAGGCUUCAUCGUGUCCGGGACCGACACCGUGGUUGUUCUGCACAGGCGUGAAGAGUCCUGAGAAGCAGAGAUGGAACAAGCAAGGUCAACAAUAUCCAAAAUUUUUAACGGUGAGCCGCACACCUACACGCGCUUCAACCUGACCCAGAACAUGGAGGGCGACACCAGCCAGGUGGAGAUGAAGCUGUCGCCGGACGUGGACGAGGAGGUUGGGGAGAACGGCGUGGGAGACAAUCGUCAUCAUCACAACUCCAACGGCAGACCCUACAUGGUUCAAAAGCUGCAGCGCACGCCCAGGAACUUGUGCUACAUGGUGUGUGGCGUCCUCCUCAUCUUCAUCAUCGGGUUCUUGAUCGGCUACAUGACUAAUAAGAAAAAGGAACUGGCUCCCGUCUGCGCAUCCUCCAUCAGCGUCGUCAAUGACGACAUUCCCCGCGAGACGGGCGCCGCGCCCCUCAUGGACUGGGACGAUGUCAAAAAACUCCUGACUGAAAAAUUCUCUGCUGCCAAACUAGAAAAAGUUUUGAGUGAGUUCUCUCAUAGCAACCACAGGGCCGGUUCUCCUCAGGAUGAAUCCCUGGCAAACCGAGUUCUCCAGAGGUUCAAGGACUACGGCAUGAAGGCCUGGACGGACGAGCACUUCAUCAAGGUCCACGACCCGCCGGCAGUUGGCUACAACACAUUCGUCUUCAAGAACGCGUCAGAGGAGCGUCCCAGGGGAUUCCUGUCCUACAGCGCCGUCGGAUCAGUACAGGGCGCGGUGCUGUACGCUCAUUACGGCGAGGACAACGACUUCCAGGUGCUGUUGGACAGAAACGUCAACAUGAACGGCAGAGUUAUGCUGAUCAGAGCCGGAAAGAUCAGCUUCGCUGAGAAGGUUGCCAACGCCGCCAGAAUGAACGCCUCUGCUGUUCUGAUCUACACAGACCCGAGUGAUUACAAUAUCAAAGGGGACAUCGAGAUCUACGGACAUGUCCACAUGGGCUCAGGUGAUCCUUACACCCCCGGCUUCCCCUCCUUCAACCACACCCAGUUCCCUCCUGCGGAGUCUUCAGGCCUGCCCAAAAUCCUGGCACAGACCAUCACGUUGGACAUGGCAAAGAAAAUCCUUGACCAGCUCAGUGGUUCAAAGAGGCCCGACAAGUGGGAAGGUUUCAGCAAAUUAGGAGACGAGACUGACGUCAUCACUGUGAAUGUCAACAACGUUCUCACAGAGAAGAGGAUCCACAACGUGUUUGGGGUCAUCAAAGGUUUUGUCGACCCAGACCGUUAUGUGGUUAUCGGCGCCCAGAGGGACGCGUGGGGCCCGGGCUUCGCUGCGUCAACCGUCGGCACCAGCGUCCUGGUGGAGCUGGCCCGCUCCAUCUCUGACAUGGUGAAGAACGAGGGAUUCAAGCCCAGGAGGAGCAUUGUGUUUGCUAGCUGGAGUGCUGGAGAAUACGGAAGCAUUGGCGCCACCGAGUGGUUGGAGGGAUAUGUGUCGUCUCUGAGCAUGAAAGCCUUCUCUUACAUCAACCUGGAUGGCAUUGUAACAGGUCUGAAUGGAUUUAAAGUAGCAGCCAGCCCCCUAAUGCACACCUUGAUUGAAAACAGCCUAAAAGAGGUAAAGAACAGAGACGGCAUUCUUUAUAAGCAAUUUGCAAAAGACAACUUUGAAACAAAUAUUCUGGAGCCGAUGCGGAUGGAUAGCGCUGCGUAUCCUUUCCUUGCCUUCUCUGGAAUCCCCUCCAUGUCAUUCAGAUUCUCCCCGGACAACUCGAACUACAAGUACUUUGGCACAAUGCAGGACACCGCCGACAACCUGAACGCCGCCACGUCCAGCCAGGUUCCCCAGCUGGCAGAGACAGCGGGCCGCUUCGCCGGCCACGUAGCUCUGAGGCUGGUCCACGACCAUCUGCUGCAGAUGGACGUGAUGAAAUAUUACAAGGUCGUCCGUUCCUACGUGACCAAGAUCAAUGGAAGAGUCAAGGAAGUUCUGCAGAUGCGACCCCAGCUGUUGCCCAAAUCCCUGACUGUGCAGUGGUUGAUCUCCGCCACGGGUUCGUACAGCCGGGCCGCCCAGAGCCUGCAGAACGACAUCCAGAACAGCGACCUGGAGGACAUCGAAAUGUGCCGCCUCAUCAACGACCGUAUCAUGGCGGUGGAAAGAAACUUCCUGUCCCACUACGUCUCCCCCAGGCAGAGCCCUUUCCGCCACAUCCUGCUCGGCUCGGGCCCCCACACUCUCAAAGCACUCACCAAACACCUGGACGCCCUGAAGACGAACAACCCCGAGGCAAACGCCGAGCUGUUCCUCAACGAGUUCGCCCUGGCAACCUGGACCAUCCAGGGCUGCGCCAACUCCUUAGCAGGGGACAUCUGGUCUCUGGAUAAUGAAAUCUAAACCAAGCAAAAGUUUCACAACCUUAAAAAAAAAUCAAUAAGUUUUAACAAUUGGAGAAAAUAAUAUGGUCCCCCCUUUUAUAUUCAUUUGAUCUUACUUUUUAUCCACAUGUAACACUUGAAAAACCAAACUUUUGAUGCGUUGGUGCUACUAAUGACUACUAUAACAUCCCAGUUUUAUAUGGCAGUAGUAGUUAAUUGUGUUUUCCUAUGAAUGAGCUGAAUGGAGAGCAUUUCACAACAACCUAAUAGGUCAUGAUCACUCUUACGACUCAGAGAAUUACAUCACCAAAGGUCAGUAUGAUAAAAAUAAUAACUUUUAAUCUGUUUACUAAAAAUGAUUACAAAGCUGCUGAAGCCAAAAGUUCAAGCCUGAGCUGUUGUUUUGUGGGUAGCUACAGUUUUCUAAAAACCCAGCUCAUCAGUUUCAGAAGGUGCUCAAAUCGACAAUUACAAAAAAAUGAAAAAUAAAAAAAAAAUUUCAUGGUGCACAGAGCGCAGCCAUCAUCUGCCUCGAAGCUCAUGUGACUAAAAAAAAAUACAAAAUGAAGUCCUGAGCUAAUCAGGAAUCACAGAGCUAAUAUGUGCGGACCUUCCCAAAAAAAAUUAAAGGUGGAAGGUUCCCAAAAACACGCAGCACUGAACCAUAAACCGUAUGUUUUUAUUUAUUGUUAUUUAUUUAUCAGUGGCAGGGUUCACUAUAAAUAGGUUUUUAUUGCCUUUUUUUAUUUUUAAUUAUUUUGUAUAAUUAUCGGGAGCAGUGCCUCCCAUAAUUAUGACAGUUAUACUGUCGAAAUGACAAAAGCAGCAUCUGCUAAAACAGAGAAGCGUUGCGUGUGGACCGACGGGGCGGCCCGGACCAAAGGCACAACGACCCGUUCUCUCCGCCGCGCCCUCGGUUUCACGCGCUCUUCUCGUCCUCAGCAUUAUCGGGAGCAGUGUUUUCCAUAAUGUGGAAAAAAAAACAGAAGAAGGUAGUUUUUGUCUACCAGCACAUGUGUCCGUAUCGGAGGCAGUGCCCUCCAUAUUUCACUGUAGGGGUGGAUGAUUUUUUUUUUUCCUCUUUUUUUUUGUAAUUAUCGGGAACAGUGUUUCCCAUAAUGUGUAAAUACAGUUGAUAGCUAUGCAUACAUGUCGCUUACUCUCCUGCAUCCUCUCUCUCUCUCUGUGUGUGUGUGUGUGUGUGUGUGUUGUGUUAAUCAAACACACACCAACUCGUCUUUUUUUAUAUAGAUAUUCGAGCCGAUACAGGAAAUAUCCUCAUUUAUACAGAAGCAUGUCGCAAACACUCGGGACCCGCGUGGUUACAUCACCGGUCUGGUAUUCCUGUGGCUUAUUAUGAUUUUUGUUACAGAUUCAUUCAAUUUGAAAAUUCUUUGCCGUUUUCUUUUUGUGCCUUUUUAAGUUUUGUAACUUCACAAUAAAAUUUGAAUGUAAUUUUAGAAGGUAAAAGGCUUUUCUUGUUUAGGUUUCUUCUUUUCUUUUAUUUCUUCUCGCCAGAAUCUAAAGUUACUGCUGUAAGCGGCUCUUACAACAUCCUGGAAUUAAACUUUACAUUUAAGAUGAUUGUUGAGGGUGGGGAAGCAACAAACCGUUUUAUAAUCAGAAAGCAAAGUUGCAUCCACUAAAAAAAAAGGACAUAAAUUGAUUCUUAAAGGUUGAUAAUGGCCCUGCUUGAGGCUUCGAAUCCGAGCCUGAAAAAAAGGAAAAUUCAUGAACUGUCCUAGGAAAUUUCAAUCAAUGAAUUUGUCUGGAAAUUGCUUAACCUUGUUUUCUUUGACUGCGUGUCUGCAGGCUUUGCUGGGCAUUUAUAUUGCAAUAAAAGUCACUUAACAUGA